CAUAUGCCGCGUCAGGUCAUUUGAACGGACUGUCUGGGUACACUGAGAAAAGCAAGUGAUCUACCAGAAAGCAAUCAACCUAUAAAAUAUCCCUGACCUUAUGUGUUAAGACAAAUUUGCCUCGAAUAUCAUUAGGCCGCGGCAACUGUUAUAGGCAAUAAAUUCUACGUUCUAGGUAAAUCCAGGUUUCGGGUGUUUUCUGGUUGUAUGUUUUAUGGCAGGCCAAUUUAAGCCAGCCUGGACUAGGAUUAGGAAAACCCCGAAAUUAAGACGGACUUUGCGAAAUACCCAGAUGACAUUUGCCUUUGCCUAUUGACUACCUGUGAACCAUCUGGCUGGGUCGCAGGUCAUUUAGGGUUAUGAGUGUCCGAGCCGCGGAGUUAAGGGUCUACCUGUUGCGUAUAAAUAGUUUGCGAAACCGAACCUCCAGCAUCAGUUGUCAAACAACCAGCCUAGCUACAAGACCUGCUCUACAGCCCUUCAAUCAGUUCUACAACAAUCACAGCAAGAUGGCCUCGUACAUUUGCACCCAGUUCCUGAACCUGAACGUCAACGACCUGCCCUCGAAGACCACCACCUACACGCUGAACGCAGCCCGCUUCCAACAGCGCGAUCUGAACCUCUUCAUCGAGAGUCUGGAGACCAUCUCCCGGCUGGAGAAGGAACGGCACGAGCGUCGGCAGCUCCGCAAGGAGAAGAAACUGCAGCAGGCCAGGAUGACCCAGCUGGAGGACGAGCGCUGCUCCAGUCCCACGCCCAGUGCCGAUGAGGCCGCCGACGAGCCCAUCUUGUAUCUGGAGGCCAAGUGCAUUCCCUACCAGGUGUCGGAGCCCCUGAGCCCGCCUAAGAUGGACAGCACUCCUGGCCUGCCCGAGUACUACACCUGCGAUGACGAGGCCUAUGGAAGUGUUUCCCCCUCGGCUCGAAGCAGCGUGACCUACUGCAGCUGCGCCGGGGUUGCCAGUCAGCACUCGGACUCCCGGGAGUCGGGACUCAGUGUUUCCCCCACGCCGCCCCAGCUACGACCCCGCUCCGUGGUCAUCUCCCAGUCGCAGAGCAAGCACCGCUCCACCAGAUCCCGAAUCAUCAGCAUGGUGCUGAAGAAGGAGUACGGCAAGUGCCCCGAAAAUCUGCAGACCAGGGAUAUCAGCGAGGACAUCCGUGAGGAGUACCGAGGACGGUCCACCAUUAGCAAAAAUUCGCCAGAACCCAGUUUUCUGAACAAGGCCCUGCGCUACCUGACCUUAUAAGUUCCCUUAAUACUUCUUAGUUUGUAAUGUACAAUUGUUUGUAAAGCAUGCGCACAGUUAAAAUUUAAAAAUAAAAUAAAAUUUAAAAAAUUACAUUAAA